UCUCCACCUUUGUGAUCGACUCUCCCAGUCUGUUUCUCACACCCACCCCGGUACCCCCCUCCCCCCACCCCUCCUCCUCCACAACACCCCUCCUCCUCCUCCUCCAUCCCACCCUACCCACCACCCCUCUCCUCCUUUUAGCAUCUGAAAAGACCACUGAGUGAGAAUCGAUGGCGCAGAGGCCCGCUUGACAGGACAAUAAACCACAAAGAAGGGCCUCUCCACCGGCUUCCCCGCACCGUGAACACGCAACGAAGCGAUGCCCCAGCAGCAGAGGGAGGACCCGUCUCCGACCCGCCGCCUCGGCCUGGCAUCGCGCCGCCUCCAGACACUGAAGCCCGGCCACGACUUCCCAUGAGGCCACCACUAGAACUCAGCUCGACCGCUCUGUAUGGGGCCUCUCACAUAUGAAUUGACAUGGAGGAUGAAGAUGGGACUUGUCUACUUGAUGUUUUGUGUGACCCCCAAGCCCUGAAUGACUUCCUUCAUGGGACCAAUGAGCUGCAGACUGAAGACCUGCUCAUUAACUCCUCCUCUGGGGAGCCCUCCCUCUUCGCAGAUGCCCCGAGCCCCGUCUCUCUGCUGGGAGACGGCAGGGGUUCCCCAGACACACCUCCACCUGGGUGUGUGGAUCUGUCCUUCCUGGAGGAGGCCCUCCUGUCAUCGCCGGAGGGUGGAGAAGACCCGCAGUUGGUGCAGGCUGGGACACCUGUGGAGGCUGGAUUUGAGGCAAGGAAGGGAAAGGAGGAGGAGGAGGAGGAGGAAGCGGAGGAGGCAGAGGUGGCAUGUGAUAUCCUCCAGCAGAGCCUGCAGGAGGCUGAGAUCACAGAGCAGACCAUGGCUCUGGAGGCAGGUCUGGCCCAGCCUGGGGACAGCCUGUCCCUGUACUCGCCUGCCCCUCUCCUCUCUCCACCCACCGUACCAUACAUGCCCAAGUCUGUGACUUUGCCCAUCAGAGACACCCAGGCAGCAGUGGAGCCUCCCCAGCCCUCCCUCCUGGCUGUUGGGCCAGGCUGCCCUUCUCUAAAACCUGCUGCCCCUCCUCAGCUGAUGGGGCUCCUGCCUGGAAACGUGUUCCCUGCUGCUUCUCCAGAGACCUCCUUCUCUCUGAGUCCUGCCCAGGCAUCCAGUAUGAUCAUCCAUCACAAGGCUGUUCCCAGUGUGACUAGUCGUCCUCUUAUCACCCCAACCCUGAGAACAGCAGCAGCAGCGGCACCGGGCAUCGUCCUGCAGCGUGCCCCUCUUCACAUCCAACCCAAGCUGCCUAUCAGCAUUCAGCCCAGGCUGGUUCAAAUUAGCCCCAAGCCUUCUGGGCAAAAACACACCCCAGGUCUUACGUUUGUCCCUGGGACUGCCUCACCAAAUAUUUUACUGUCCCAACCUCCGAGCCAGAAGCCUGCAGCUCCGCCGCCGCAGCCCACCCAGCAGCUCCCCAAACCGGUCAGCCUGCAGCUGGUCAACCAAGGCGGCUCCUUCGUGCUCCAGCCUCAGGGACUCUUCCAGGGCCAAAACCAGUUCCUUCUUCCAGGCCAGUCCCCUGUAACCAUCUCCCAGCCUGCUGGCGCAGCUCGACCGUUGCUGACCCCCAGUCACCGUGGCCCGUCGCUCCACGCCGUGAACCCCUCCACUGGGCAGCUCGUAGAGGGCUCUCAGAUCCUGACCAUGCCCCAAAGACAGCUCAACUUCAGCCCUGUCUUCACCACCUCUUCGGGGCAGCUAGCGCUCCGCCAGGCCACUGUGCUGUCAGGACCUUUGCAGCUACAGUCAGCGCCCCCUACCGUCUUCCAGAUGCCUGCACAGCUGGCUGGAACCUACACUCCAGGAGGGCAGGGGCAGCGCACCACCCUGGUCCACAGUCCCGCUCUUGGGAACCACAUUACGCUGAUCAACAGUUCAGGGGUGCUUCCCUCAGAUCUCACUUCCAUCUCGAUUGUGAACGGCCCCUCAGUAGUUCAGGGCCUGCCCUUUGCUGCCCAGGCAAACACAGGAGGGACAGAAGGACAGCUGAGCCUCCAGCAGGCCUCUGUGGUGCUGCUGCCAGAAAGAGCCAUGCAAGAGGAGAGGACCGGCUCAGAGGAGACCUUCCACCAACUCCCACAGCCCUAUGGACAUGUCCUCCAGCAUGUGUCGGUGCAGCCCACCUCUGCAGGGCUGCAGUCCUCUCCUCCUGUAGUCACAGUUCUGCAGCCUCCCCCUGAACCACCUCUGGCUCCCGAUCCAGCUGUGGAGAUCCCCAAACUUCUGCUGCCCCCAGCAGACAUGACCCAAGUAGUGGAGGAGGUGACCCACUCACUGAGUCCGAACGAGGCCUUUAUGCAACAUCUGCAACAGCAAGCACUUAGUUCUCCUAUCACAUCUGAGCUGUUGGCUGGAGCGCUGCCAGUGGUGCCCAUGGAGUCGCUUGCCUCCCCGGUGGCCAGUGAGAGAGAGACUCAACCACAGACCCAUGCACUCUCUGGCACUGUGAUGUCUGACCAGUGUGUCCAGGCUUCUCCGCUUCACUCCGACCCAGAGGACACGCCGCUCAUCUGCUCCCCCUCUCCCAUUCAGGACUCCGAGAGACCAGCUCCGCCAAGUUUCUCCCCUCAGAUCACUCUGCCUGGACCUGAGAGUUCAGCUCCCCGGCCUCACAUCGAGCCCCAAGUCCCUCUUCAGCUCCAGGUCUCACAGGCCUUAUUUGCCCAGAGCCAGGUGCAGCUCCUGUCUUCUGUCUCCCAGCCUCCGCUCCAACUCCAGUCGUCUGUCUCCCAGCCUCCACCCCAGCUCCAGCCGUCUGUCUCCCAGUCUCCACCGCAGCUCCAGUCGUCCGUCUCCCAGCCCCAGCUCCAGUCGUCUCUCUCCCAGCCUCCGCCCCAGCUCCAGUCGUCUCUCUCCCAGCCUCCGCCCCAGCUCCAGUUGUCUGUCUCCCAGCCUCAGUCCUUGGUCAACGCUGCAGUCCACAGCAGUCCCUCCCCUCUGCGUGUCUCGGUGCCUCAGCAGCAGCCUGAUCCCACAGCUGCAUCUGCUAGUCUCUCCAAAGGAGGAGACAACUCUGCUGUCCAACAGCACACACACAACAAGCCAACAGCUGCCUUGGUCGUGGAGAGUAAAGCGUUUACUCUCGAUGUCCAUCCACCCUCUCCUGCAGCCCAGGGUGUCCAGGCCCACGGGCCCCCAGCUCCCAGAGAGGGGGCCCCCAUCCGGACGAGCCAGCAGACCGGCACCAAGCUGGCAGGUCCUCCAGAGCAGCAGAGAGAGGAGAGGCUCACACCAGCAAUGCGCAGGCACAGGUUCCAGCAGCAGAUGUGUUUGGACCACGCAGCGGUUCAGACCCCCUUCACCGGCCCGGCCUUUUCCACACUGAAGGACGCUGUUCGGCGCCUGCUGCCAUACCACGCCUGCGCCGGUCACCUGCCCACUCAAGAUGACUUCAAUUUAGUGGACCAGGAGUUUGACACGGUGUCCGGUUUCCUGCUGAAACGCACCAAGGACAUGGUCAACAAAUACAGGCAGCUACUGGUUAGAGAAGCCCAGCAGGAGAGUCCGUCAGCAGAGAUGGUGAUGCUGGAGCGUCUCUUCCUCCAGGCCGAGCGAUGCGCUUUAGCGGAGGACAGACGGAGAGUCCGCAGAGACCCGGAGUCAUUCAUGACGGUCUUGGCUACAUCAGCGUCUUCCCCCCACGGUGCCCACUCCGCCGCUCCGUCCCAGCUGUGCUCCUCCGGCAGCCCCUCCUCUUCCCCAGCCUGGACCAGACUGUCCGACCGGCCCCCGGGACUGAAGACAUACCGCUCCAGCUGCCGCGGGGCUCUCAGGCUCACCAUCAAGCAGGAGUCCGGCUCCCGUAAGGUGGUUCACAACUCGGCCUGCGACCCGGGACUCAAGAGGGACCACACGGGGCAGCUGACCAACGGCGGAGCUUUGAACCAACGCCACCCUCAGGCACCCAACGGAGCACCCCGGUGUCCUCAGCAUGAUGAGGAGAUCUCCAACGGAGCUCUGCCUUGUAACACUGCAGAGGAAGUCCCACAGACAGCGGCCAUUUCCAAAAUAAAAGCCCCAAGCCCUCUUUUUAUGCCAGAGCCACAGGUUGGUUGCUUCGAGUUGCCUCCCAGAGAUGUCAGCGCCCCGAAACUUAAAUGCUACAGGUUGGAUGCGUCACCUCGGCCGGAGCAGCGGUUCAGCCCGCCGCCUCCCCCUCCCCUCCAAGAGGACAACAUGCUCAGUGAACAUCUACAGAGUGCCAUCGACAGCAUCCUGGAGCUUCAGCGCCUGCAGGGCCCCUCUGCAGCCCCUACCAGGGCCACGUCAGGCCCUUCACUGGACCAGGCUGUCACCAGCAUCCUGGAGGGACACCUCUGAGGUAAACUGCCCCGACAGACAUCCACACAGAUGCAGAAACAUCUGUCAAAAGGAAGGUGUACUUGACUUCUUAUCUGUUCCCAGAACUUGAAGAGAUUUUGUUUCUGGGUUUCAGAGAUUACUUUUAAGGAACCGAUUGUUUGAAAGAAGAGGGAGGAGGGGGAAAAAAAACGAAGAGGCACUAUAAAGAGAUUGCAUACCAGACAACAGCACUAUCUAUAGUCCGAUAGAUGUUAGAUACUUCAUUUUGAUGUACGUUUGUGGAAAAAAAAAAUCUAUUUGAAUAGGAGCUAUAUUGUUUCAGUGGUAGUUAAGUCAUUCAGAGGUUUACGACACUGGUGUAACCUUCAUCAGCAUAUAGUAUAUAAGUAAUAGUGAGGAUAACGACAAACGUGGAGUAGACUGAGAUUAUUCAAUAGUUUUUUAUACGAUUUCUUUUAAAAAUGUGAAGUUUCUUUUGCAUAGUGCCAAGCUUCCAGGGUAUUUAUUUUGAUAAUGUGUGCCAAUUGUGUUUUGCAUUGAGAAAGGCAGCGAGUGUGUGUGACAAAGUGUGUGUGUGUGUGUGUGUGUGUGUGUGCGUGUGUGUGUGUGUGUGUGUGUGUGUGUGUGUGUGUGUGUGUGUGUGUGAAAACAUUGCAUCCUGCGACGGGGACAGUACAUAUAAGUCCCCGCAGGUUCCAUCAUCUCGGCUUAUCGGAUGAAACUCCAAAGAAUUUGUGACUUGCUACAUCCUGAAUACACCAGCAAACGUCCACGUUGUUUCUUCUCCCAGACUGGAGGCUGUCCUCCUUAAAAGCAGAAAGAAACCCGAGGGGAACGCAAAAGAAAUUAGGCAGAGUCGUGUUUUAUUUUUAAGUUUGAAGCCUUUUGUUGUCAGACGAGAAUGGUUUCUCUUACUUUAUGUAUCAACAUGCGAGCAAUAAUGAGUUAUGGUUGUUAGGAGCAGUGGUGGUGCAGCGAGGAGGAGGAAGGAGAUCUUUGCCUGUCUCGCUUAUCGCCCGGGAAGAUUGUUUUUGCAGGAUUUGAGAGAUGCUUGUUUUGUCAUCGAAGCCCGUGUAGUUUAGAAAUUGUGUUUCAAGCAUGUUCGAGGGUCACCAAACGGCAUAAACGGUCACGUAAAUGUCCAGUUUGAGAAAGGAAAAAACGCCAAAACUGCAGUUGUUUUCCACGACAGACACUGUACAGCCUGUCUGCAUCAUCAAACAGCCUUUGACCAAAAAA